AAUGAUUAUUUUUCAAGUUAAUUUAUUUGUUUUUAUACGCUAUAUACAUGUAUUUGCUCUCUAUAUAUAAAAACAAAAUUUUAAAGAGUGAUUUAAAUAAGGUAAGCAAUGAUUACUAUUCGUGUUAAUGCGUUUGAUAUUCAGGCGUAAUUUAAGCAUGCAUUCGCGUUGAGCAACAGCUUAAAGUGUAUAAAGUUAUAUACAUGUAUUCGCACUCUAUAGAUUUAAAACAAAGUUUAUAUUGUGAUUUACAUGAUAACAAUAUACCUGAAAUUAAAGAAUUGGUUUGUCUAUUUUACAGAAAGUUUGUGGGACAUAGUUGCGAUCAUUUUCAAAGCUACUAAAAUUUGGAACCUAUUAUUUCAUUUCUGGUCAUUAUAUUAUAUUUACAUACAAUAUACAUGUACAUUAAACAAUAUUGGCAUUCUAUGUUAAGGAAUAACCAGAAGUUAUGAAAACCACACACAUUUUCAAAAUAUUUAAUCAGAAACAGAAUAAUUUUAUAUACUUUAUACAGCCAUUAUGCAUCUGAAAAGUUUUUUCCCUUUAAAAGCUUUUAAAUGUUGAUAUUCUUUUACAGUAUCCAAAAAGUUUCACAUUACAUGAAUCACCUCUUUUCAAUCUGAUGCUUUGACAAUAAGUACAUUUAUAAUGAGUAUUUUUUAUGGAAGUCAAAAUACCCCUUUUUACUUUUAUGACAAAUUAUUUCACAUCCAUCGCUACUGUUUACGAAUUAUACGUACGUCAACUAUUGACUAUAAUAAUGAUCUUAUUCAAACAGUUCAAACAGUUAAUAAUUGAAAGUUAUAUCACAAUAUUGUUAUAAAAUUAAAAUAUUUUUUUGUUUACGACAGUAUAUAUUCAUGACUUGUGUUACAGUCUUUACAUAGAGUUACUCGUUUGAGUUUUUUUCCUGUGAGUCAAACAAGAACCGUUUGCUUUUCCUAUAAAUAUAACUCAAAACAUUAAGCUUUUCCUAUGAAUGGAGCUACAUUAGUUUAUUUUAGAACGAUUUUUGGAAGUAUUGAAUAAAUUUACAAAAUUCUAUAUCUGUUAACUAGUUAACGGAAGAGAAUUUCAUAUCGACAACAAUGUAAUUAUAUUAAGAUAACCAAACGGUUACAAUUGUGUGGCGAUAUUGUUUAGAUAUUCAGAUUAGAUAAUUAAACAUAAAUGUACCCGAAUACAUAGGCCAAUACAUCACUUUUAUCACAUGUUGUCCUUAAGUGUUCAGCAAUCUAAUACCAUGUAGGUGGUUAUAGAUAUACUUUGCUAAUUUCAGAUACGACAUAUUUAGAUAAAAAUUGAUAGUUGUAUAUAACAGUACUUUAUAAAAGUUGAUAGUUGUUAACUUUAUAACAGGACAGAUCAGAAAAUGGAUGUAUCUGGACGUAAACAAAGAAAAAUUCACGAAUCAGUAGACUCGGGAUCAGCUGAGGAUUCUGACUUCAAAUGUGAACCUUGUCGUACCAUAGAUCAGUGCGUUGAUGCAUAUGGAUAUUGCGUUAAUUGCAAGGAUUUCCUUUGCGAAACAUGUUGUAGUUGCCACAAAACGAGCAAAGCUUCCCUUAAUCAUCACAUUCUUGGAAGAAGUCAAUUUAAUAAUAUUCCUGCUACAAAACCACAAUUUAAUGAAUGCAAGGAGAGUUGUCAGUUGCAUCAGGAAGAAGUAAUCAAGUUUUUCUGCCCUAUGCAUAAUGCUCUCGGAUGCAAUGACUGCAUGACUUUAGAUCACAGAACUUGUGAAAUUGAAUAUAUUCCCGAAAAGUGUAAUGAUAUAUUGAGGGAAUUAGGGAAAAAACUGAAAGAGGCAGAGGAAGUUUAUGAAAAGGCUGACAGUUUAAGUAAUAUUAUGAGUGAACACAGUGACAAAGUUGUCAGACGAAUCGAAUUAUUCCGAAAAGAAAUAGACGAACGUUUUGAUCUAAUGCAAGAAGAGAUUAUAAAGCGUGCUGAAGAAAUGAAAAGUAAAAACUUAGCAACUGUAAAGGAGGUAAGUGAUACAUGUGAGCAUAUAAUUUCUGAUGUCCACAAAUGGCAGUCUAGUCUGAAUGCAAACAAAUCAGGAAAUCACGCGCAACUCUUCAUUGACAUUCAGAGGGCAGAAGCUGCACUGCAAUCAUAUCAAAUGGAUAUAGCAAAAGAUCAGAUUACCAAUGCAAAUAUGCGCUAUUCAUUUCGUGAAAAUACUGACCUAAAAACCUUACUGGCAAAGGAAAACAUCUUUGGUGAGCUAGUUAGACAUAUUGAUUACAUGACAAGAAAAGAAGACGUCAAUAUAAAAACUGAAUCUGAUACGAAAGACUGUGAUAUAACAGGAUGUGCUGUUCUAAACACAAGUAAAUUAAUAGUGGCUGAUAAUAAAAAUACGAAGGUAAAGGUAGUAUCGCUAGAGAAUAAACGUGUACUUAAGGAGAAGCUUUUAGAUUCAAAGCCAUGGGAUAUUGCUGUAUUGAAAACUGAUCAAUUCGCAGUAACAAUGCCACUCAUUAGAGAAAUUGCUGUGAUUAAAACAGACGAGAAGUUAUCACGUGACCAUAGUAUCAAAGUUGAUGGAAAAUGCUACGGAAUACAUUUUUAUCGAGAUGCUCUGUAUGUUGCCUGUUCGGAUCCUCCAUGUGUUGUUGUCUUGAAUACACACGGCGAUAUUCUGAAAACAAUGCCAAUGAACUUUCUUCCAAAACGCGCAAGUCCUUAUGUCACUGUUGGAAAAGACUCCAGAUGUAUGUUUAUCAAUGACUUUAGUCGAAACAGUGUGGUUUCUGUAUCGAUGCAAGGAAUUGCAUCAGCUCCUUAUAAGCAUGGGGAUUUUCAAGGUCCGCUCGGAAUUUUAGUGUGCAAUGAUGGUACAUUACUUGUCUGUUGCAAAGAAAGAAUUUACCAAGUCGAGAAAAAUAUGGAGCAAGGGAAGAUGUUGCAUAAAGAGAAAGCCCACCUGAACUCAAUUUGCUACAGUACACACACUGAAGAAAUCUAUGUCGGCUGUCUCGGGAACAGUUUGAAAGUGUUCAGCACACAUUAGCACUAAACUUUUGUUUAAACUGUUAUUACUAUAAAAUAUAUAAAUGAAAUGUAUUUUACAUAUGACAGAUCAUCAAUGUGUAGGAGUAUGAAUAGAAAAUGUUUUAUUAACACUAAUAGAUAAGUUACUGUUAGCGUAUAUGAUUGUUUGAUUAAAUGAUUGAAGUGUAGUCCCAUGCUUUCUAAAUGGUAAUCAAUAUUGAAAUGUUAAUACAAAAUCAAAUUAAAAUAGUUAUGUAUGUCCUCAAUCUAUUUUCCAUUUGCAAUUGUCAGAUUCCAAGUGAAAACAAUCAAUACUCUAAGUAUAGGCUAUAAGGUCGAACCUUAAAACUCAUAAGCCAUUGAGUAAAUUUCUAAUAAUACGAGGGCUGUCCGGAAAGUUCGUAGACAAGGCUAUAAAAUCAUUAAAAGCAGUCAUAUCAAUAUAAUGAUUGAAUAUUUUGCUAAAGUAUUUAUCUGUUACAAAUUUCUAAAUUAAAAAAAAAUGAUAAAAUAAAUAUUCGCAAAGCGCCGAUCACCAUGGCAACAUGAUCACCGAAUCAUGGAGCACUUUGAUUUCAUGACAAGAAUUACUCGAAUAAUAAGUUGCCAAAAGUAGUUAUUUUAAGCAAACUCUCGUUUUAAUUUUGUGACAUCAUUACAUUCUAUUACAUGAUAUUGAAGGCAAAUUAUGACGUCAUACGCAGAUAAACAGCUUGUUAACGAUGAUUAUAGGCAAUGAAGGUGCAUACAUUUUGAGUUGCAAAAAUGACGUAAAAUUCACGGACGGAGCAACGUAAUGAUAUUUAACUUCAUAGCAACACUAAUAUGACACCAACUGAGAUUUUAAUCUUUACUUUAUUUUCUUUAAAAACAAAACCAACCAUAAAAUGUUUAAUUCAACUUGUGUUUAAAUGUCAAACAAGAUUAAGAAGCGGCGAUGACAGUAUACCGUAUAAGAAACGCUCCAGACGACCAAAGCUAGCAUGGGCAAAAUAUCGUAUAUUUCGUUAUGUACAACAACCUUUAAAAAAGACAGACUUCUCACACACUGUAUGGGAACCAGUGACAUUUUUGUUUUUAAAUCAUAAUUUUAAAUAUGAAAUUUAUAAAGUAAAAAGGAUUAUAGCAUGUAUUAAGUAUACGCCAGACAGGUACGAUGACUGUUGAAAUCGGAAGAAAAUGAAUAGCAGGUAAUUACAUGAAGUUAAUUUGACGCCGUUGACGUUGUCAAAGUGCUCCAUGAUGAUAUAUAUAUAUGUUGUAUGUAAUUACUGUUGAAAUACAAAUGUAAGUCACAGUUCAGUAAUUUUUGAUAAAUGUGUUCGCUAGAUAUGUAUAUUUUUGCUGACAGAAUUUGUACAACGUAUUUAUUGUUAUACAAUAAAAAAUGAAGAAGUAUAUGAACUUUCCGGACAUCCCUCUUAUAACUGAGAAACAUGACAAAAAUAAAUAUGAAUAUAAGGGUUAUCUGUUAUAGAAUAUUAAUAGUAUGAACAAUAACAACCUUAAAAGUGUUAUAAUUGUGUUGACUUUACUAUUUUAGUAGGACAUAUCCAUAAAACAUCCCUUAUGUCAUUAUGUAAUGAUUAAAAUAGAAGUAUAUGUUA